CUUGUUUCCGAAUGCUUUUGCUUUUUACUAUUUGAAUCUUCACUGCUAGUAUCGUCAUUCUUUCUUUUAGCCUUUUUAUGUGUAUGUGAAUCUUCUUGUAUUUUAUUAAUAAAGCUUGAAGCAAUAUCUGCUUCAAAAUUCACACUUAAAAAUAAAGAUUGUUGCGUAAAAUAGCAUAGAAUUAGUUUCGAUCUGCAUAAGAAGGGAUAGGUAUAUGUACUUACGAUGGUUGAAAAGAAGAGGAUGAAGAAGCCUCAGGGUUUAAUUUUAAUAAACACUCUCUUGUUAUUCUCUAACAAAUACAUGUCAAGUUUAGUUCCUAAUUGUAAUAAAGUUGCUCAACUUACCGUCCAGUCGUGCUUCCAGUUGAUUGCUGUGCUGUUGUCAAACCGUUCCAAAUCAUUUCGAAUAGAAUCAAAAAGUUGUUGGUAUGAAUUGAAAGUUUUCUUACUUAAUUUUGAUUCUAUAGCUUCUACUAAAUCCCAAUUCUUAUGGUUAGUUUCUUGAAAAUAUGACAUGGUCUAGUGAAGUAGAAAAUGAAGUUUUAUGAAAGUCUUCAAACAAAAUACAGUGAGCGGAAAAAUGGUUUGGAUGUUUUGGCAAAAAUAACAAAGAACAAAAUGUAUUUAAAAGAGAAAAUUGUUUAGUCCUACUAAUACAAGUUUAAAGAGAUUUGAUUGGUUAAAGAU